AUGUCAGAAGAAGAAGCCAAGAGAGAACAACAGCACACGACUGCGCCACCCGUACUGAGUAAACGGAAAAUAUACCGCGAUGCCAAAGAACAAAGCCGAAAGAAACAAGUGCGUAUCGAACCUCCCCAACAAGAUACACCCAGCUCCAUUACCACCACAGCUUCAUUAGAACAACCACUGGAUGAGGUCAAGUUGCCGCAAAAGAGAUUCUAUCGACAACGAGCCCAUUCGAACCCAUUCUCGGACCAUGCGUUAGACUACCCUCGAUCGCCCCAGCUCAUGGACUGGUCACAAAUAUAUCCCCAUAUCAACACCGCCACCAACAACAAGCAAGUGGAGAUUGCUGAUAUAGGAUGCGGGUUUGGCGGGUUGUUGAUUGACUUGGGCCCCGCGUUCAGCGAGACCUUGAUUCUCGGAAUGGAGAUCCGCGUGCAGGUGACUCAGUACGUCGAAGACCGCAUCUUGGCUUUACGCCAUCAGCACGCGGAGAACGCCUAUAAAUACGAUAAUAUUGGCGUGAUUCGAGGCAACGCCAUGAAAUUCUUGCCCAAUUUCUUUGCACGGGGACAGUUGCGCAAGAUUUUCUUUUGUUUCCCCGAUCCUCAUUUUAAACAGCGCAAGCACAAGGCUAGAAUCGUGACGAAUACCCUCUUGAGUGAGUAUGCGUUUGUUUUGCGGGAAGGCGGCGUGAUAUACACGAUUACCGACGUUGAGGAUCUACACGAGUGGAUGGUUAAGCAUUUGGACGAGCAUCCGUUGUUUGAAAGAUUGAGCAAGGAGUGGGAAGAUCAAGAUGAAUGUGUCAAGAUUAUGUACAAUUCAACCGAGGAAGGGCAAAAAGUCACGAGAAACAAGGGCAGUAAAUGGGUUGCAUGUUACAAGAGGUUGCCAAACCCCGAGGAUUGCGAGUAG